AUGCGCGCGGCGCUGGAGGCUGCCCGGUCCGGCGCCAAUGUGGCCAUGCUCUCCAAGGUCUAUCCCGUCCGAAGCCACUCGAACGCGGCGCAGGGCGGCAUCAACGCGGCCCUGACCGACCGCGGCGACGACUGGCACGAGCACGCCUACGACACGGUCAAGGGCAGCGACUUCCUCGGCGAUCAGGACGCCAUCGAGGUCAUGUGCCGCGAGGCCGGGCAGGAGCUCAUCAACCUGGAGCACAUGGGCGUCAUCUUCAAUCGCGACGAGGAGGGGCGGCUCGGCACGCGCGCACUUCGGCGGACAGCGGCGCGCCCGCACGUUCUUCGUCGCCGACAUCACGGGGCAGGCGAUCCUGCACGUGAUGUACGAGCAGAUCCUCAAGUACAACGUUCGCGUCUACGACGAGUGGUACGCCACGGCACGCUCAUCACGGACCACGGGCGCUGCGGCGGCGUCGUCGCGAUGGAGAUGCGCACGGGCGAGGUCCACGCGAUCCGCGCGAAGGCCACCAUCCUCGCGACGGGCGGGCUCGGGCGGGUGUUCGAGCCGUCGACGAACGCGCUCAUCUGCACGGGCGACGGCAUGUCGCUGGCCUACCGCGCAGGGGCGCCGCUGAUGGACAUGGAGAUGGUGCAGUACCACCCGACGACCCUGAAGGGCUCCGGCGUGCUGCUGAGCGAGGGGGCUCGCGGCGAGGGCGCGUACCUCAUCAACAGCCGCGGCGAGCGGUUCAUGGAGCGCUACGCCCCCAACAUGAUGGAGCUGGCGUCCCGCGACGUCGUCUCCCGCGCGGAGAUUACGGAGAUCAACGAGGGCAACGACAUCGACGGGUGCGUGCUGCUCGACUGCCGCCACCUGGGCAGGGCGAAGAUCAUGGAGCGGCUCAUGUACAUCCACGAGGUCGCGAUGGACCUGGUGGGCGUCGACAUCAUCAAGGACCCGGUGCCGAUCCGGCCGGGCGUCCACUACCAGAUGGGCGGCAUCAAGACGGACGUCGACGGGCGCUGCUGGGACCCGAGCGGCAAGUGGAAGGGCGUCGAGGGGCUCUUCGCGGCGGGCGAGACGGCCUGCGUGAGCGUUCACGGCGGCAACCGGCUGGGCGCGAACUCGCUGCUCGACACGGUCAUCUUCGGACGGCGGAGCGCCGAGGCGGCGAUGGCCUAUGCGAGCGGCAACAACCACCUCGAAUUCUCGGAGGACACCUGGGUCGGCGGCGAGAAGGCCAUGAUGCAGGGGUUCCUCGACAACAGCGGCGGCGACCUGGUCGCCAGGGUGCGGCUCGACAUGGCAACGGCCAUGGACGAGGGGCUCGGCGUCUACCGCCUGGAAGAGGGCAUGCAGGAGGCCCUGGACAAGGUCCGCGGCAUGAAGGACCGCUUCAAGAACGUGGUGGUCCAGGACAAGGGCAAGGCCUUCAACACCAACCUGAUCUUCGCGCUGGAGCUCGGGUGCAUGCUCGACUGCGCGGAGGCCAUCGCGGUGGGGGCGAUCGAUCGCAAGGAGAGCCGCGGGGCGCACAGCCGGCUGGACUACGCGGCGCGCGACGACGAGAACUGGAUGAAGCACAUCCUGCUGUACCAGGGGCCCGGCAAUGAGGUCACAAAGGAAUACGUGCCGAUCGUGAUCACACAGUGGCAGCCGGAGGAGAGGAAGUACUAA